UUUUAAAUAGCGCCGCCGCAGUUGUCAUGCAAGUCGGAAGUUGUAGUUCUCGAUCCCGGUGCUCUGGCUUGCACAGUUGCAGAAGGCAUGUUGAGAGUAGUGGUUAUCUAAUCGUAGUGCGAGCCCCAGAGGCGCGUGCGGCGCAUGCUGGGAUAUGUAGUCCGCGCCAAGUUUAGGACGCCUAGCUUAGGAUGGAUGGGAAACUCUCUCAAGGGACUCGGGUGGGCCGGUGCCUCUGGAGAACCCAGACAUCCGAUCAUGGAGUCUCAGUACAGUGCUUCUCCAGGUGACUUGUCUACUCUGCCCCCAGCGUGUCCUUGGCAGCAACAGCCUUUUCCUUCAGGCUCGCUUCGCCGCCCCCCAUUGGUGGCCGGGGUACCGAAGUCCGCGCUGACGGACUGAGAACCCCGAGCCAAGCGGAAAGUAUCAGGUUCCUGACAGCGGCUGCAGAUGGGAGCACUUGCUCCGCCAGGUGAAUGAGAGGGUUAAACCUACCGAGACCGUUCGCUGCCACUUCCUAGAACUGUACGGGCUGGUGGACAUUUCCGUUUCCGAUGCUGAAUCCCUGGGUCCAGAGUGUCCCCAGCUGUGGUGGUUGUGCUUGUGAGCUCAGUGGUUGGUAUCUAGGAAAUGGUACGUUCUUACCACUAUGGAGUCGGUGGCUCCAGAAACGGCAAGGGAGGACUCCGACGGGGCCGAGAAGCGGGGGAACCGGUCGUCAGGAUCCCAGGGAGUCCCGAGGUCCGCCCUCGAUUGUGGAGUUGUUCCGCCCAAGCGGUCCUUCCUGGUGUGGCCGGGGCAGCCGGCCGCCCGGGAAAUGAUGAUGGGCCUGCAGUACCUACGUAGGUCAGUCUCUGGCCCUGGGGAGGAGGAAGCCCCUGCCAAGACCAACUAUCCUGCAGUCCCCAGAGCCUUCGAGUGCCAGGAGUGUGGACUGUCCGCAGCCUACCUCCCUGACCUCAUUCACCACCAAAGCAGCCAUGAGGGCGACAAGCCCUACUGCUGCCCGGAGUGUAGCAAAAGCUUCCGACUUGGCUCAGAUCUGGUUAAGCACCACCGGGUACACGCUGGAGAGAAACCAUACCCCUGUCCUGAGUGUGGCCAUUGCUUCAGCCUCAUCCAAACUUGGAUGAGCUCCAACCUCAUCCAACACCAUCGCUCCCACUCAGGCCUCCGGCCCCACAAAUGUCUGGAGUGCGGGGAGGCUUUUGGCCGCAACUCGGACCUGGUUAAACACCAGCGGGUGCACACGGGUGAGAAGUCUUACACCUGCGCUGAGUGUGGUAAGACUUUCAGCGUUAGCUCCAACCUGAUCCAGCACCAGCGCACGCACACGGGCGAGAAGCCCUACCGCUGUGGGGACUGCGGCAAGCGCUUCAGCCUGAGCUCCAACCUGGCGCAGUACCAGCGCUCACACAGGGGCCAGAAGCCCUACCGCUGUGCCUGGUGUGGUGACAGCUUUGGGCGCAGCUCUUUUCUGCUCAAGCACCAGCGAUCACACACUGGGGAGAAGCCCUGCAGUUGCUGUGAGCGUGGCGAGAACUUCACCAACAGCUCGGACUGCCUACGGCACCAGCGCACCCACAGUGGAGAGCGGCCCUUCAAGUGUCCUGAGUGUGGUCGUGGUUUCAGUGAGCGCACCCAGUUCACCGAGCACCAGCGCGUUCACAUGGGUGAACGACCCCAUGCCUGCCCAGAAUGUGGCAAAUCCUUCUCCCACAGCGCCAAGCUCCUUAAACACCAACGCUCGCACACAGGCGAGAAGCCCUAUAAGUGCCCCAGCUGCAGCAAGAGUUUUGGAGACAGUUCACAUCUGCUGCGGCACCAACACACUCACACGGGCCGGAAGCCUUAUGCUUACGGCGAGUGUGGCAAGAGCUUCCGCCGGAGCUCCCACACGCUCAUCCACCAGGUGGCGCACAGCGGUGAGAAGCCUCUGCCUGCAGUGUGGCAAGGCCUUCGCCCGCAGCUCCAACCUGGGCCAGUACCAGCGGACGCUCCCGCAGCCCCUGCCAAUAUCCCUGGCUUAAGUUGCAGCCCAGACUUCAGCUCUGACUUUGGUCCAGUCCUUAAGGAGCCUGAGGGGCCCAGCAUUUCUCAGCAAACCUCACUUCUGCUCCUCUAGGGAUGCUGAUUAGUGGGCUGAAUCAGGGAACCCCAGGCUGGAGGAAUCAGAACAGAAAAGUGGGCUUAGGCCUGUUCUCUGAGGCCCUGGAGAUGGGAUUCCAGCUGGAGGGAGAGUUUGGGGACGGCAAGAGCUGGCCCAGCUGCUUUAAGAUGCAGAACACCUUUGGCAGCCUAGGUGUGUCCCUUCACAGGCCUAGGGAGUGAUGGAGCUACUCACACCAAGAGCAACAGUUAGCUCAGCCCAGAGGAAUGGGGCUCAACGCCAGGCAAGCCCCCGUGAGGAACGCAGUAGGGGAAGAGGGGGUCGGGGAGGUCCUCACCUCCAGAGGGGACCAUAAGGCAGGCUGUGUUCUAGCAGAAGGAUCAGAGUUUGAAUUUGGGACCAUUAGGUGAGCUCUGGGGUGUGUGACCCCUUUGAAAGAAAGCUGUCUUUACAGGGUGAAGCUGGUGGGGCCCAGGGCCAAAGCAGAGGACCGGGAGGCCUGUCUGUUGAGUUUGGUGGGGGGGGGGGCGGUGACAUUUCUAGGCAAGGGCAGAAGGCCUGAGGUUGGUCAUCUGCCCCUUCCUCCUCUUUAGCCUCUUCCCUCGCAGGUUCCCCAGGCUUUUUCUCUGAUCCCUCAACAGAGGAGAAAAUGUGAAGAUUCACUUGUGCCCGGACACUGGGGACUGGACAUGGUCAUUUUUCCAGGGCGCUGGGGCAGGCUGCCUCCGUAAACAAAUGUGUUUCUAUUGGUAAAACUUAAAGUAUAUGGGAGCCAGAGGGAGGCUUCCCGAAGCACUACACAAUGUGUGCCCAGAGCAGAGUCUAAGCUGUGAGGCCCUGCUCUCCCCCUCGUAGCUGGCUGUGUUCCUGGGAGAGGCACAGAAUGUAGCCCUUAUGAGGUUGGGGGAGGCCUAAUGCCCACCCCAUGGGACCAUGAGCCUCAUGCAUCUGGUGCCCUGUCCCCAAAUCUUGUCUCUCAUCAGGCUUGGUGCAUCUAGAACCGUAUCCACGGGGAAGAGGGGCCAAAGGGGAGGGAUGUGAGGUAACUCCUCUCUCAGCUUCUAGCACAGAGUGUCCAGGCUUCUCUCUUUGUGACUGCGUGACCUUGGACAGGUCUGCCUCUUCUGAGCUUCAGUCUCUUCAUCUGUAAAAUAGGGAUGAUGAAAGGACUCGUCAAGGAAAGGACUCGGCAGUCCUCAGUUCCCUGCUCUUCCUCAAGUCUGUCACCCUGUCCCCGGUGGUGUCGUCCCACAGACGUCACGCCAGCGUGCUUCCUGGAUUCUCCCAAAGGUUACAGAAAUGAGUGAGACAGCCCCAGUUCUGGAGUAGUUUGGUGUCGUGAAGGAGAUGGACUCAGGCUCGAUGCUGGCACUGGAGAAAGGGCAUCACCUGGAGUAAGUCUAAGAGGCUUCAUGAAGGUGGCAUCUAAUGGAUGCCACUUGUCUCCUCAAGCUGGUUCUGUGAUGAACAGAUGGGUUCUGGCAUAUUCCCCAUCAAUGGCAUCUCAAAAUAGCACAAGCCAGUGACUGAGUUGGAGGCCUGAGCCAGGUGCAUCUGUAGUAGGCAUUCAAUAAAUAG